AGCUGUUGUUUGUUGUAAUUCUCACAGCUCUCGUUCUUCCCCUCCAACACAAGAGAGCCUUCUUCCCCAAAAAUACACACAACAAAUCCUCACUACCCCCAAAAGUCCAAAACCCUUCCCUUCCGAAUCCCCUCGGAGCUCCCUCGCUCCACAAUCCCUCCCGCCACUUAUUUACGAUCCUGCCCUCUUUUCUCCCCGCAACUUGCCAAAACUCCUUCCUAUCCCCGAAAUGCCCUCCCGUCGCCGCCCUAUUUACGCCGCCGUGACGGACUGAUACCAAUUCUCAGCUACUCGGCGAGCAAACGCCGCGGUUCCUCUUUCGCUCCCGAUUCUAAACAUAUGCAUGUGCGAUGUAAAUGGAAUCCGUUCACAAACUGAGAUAUAUGAGGAUGCAAUGGUGUUUACAUUUCCUGAUUCCCUGAAUUGGUGAAGAUAAAUUCUAUCUGCCAAGCUACACUCAGCACGUCCUGGGAUUCUAAAUGGAACUCAGAGUUUCAUCACUAAAGCGACUUGGACUUUCUACUUCUGAUUGUGCUAGUGACCCAGAGGAAAAGGAAGUAAGUGAUGAAGACGAUGAUGACCGCAACCAUAAGCAUCGUAGGAAGGAGUCACAAUCUCAGUCUAUGCAGAGAGAUUUGUUAGAACCGGUUUCCAAUAGGCCAUUCAGGAAGAGAAACAGAUUAUUUGACAACAGUCAUCCUUUCAGGGAAAAUGAAUCUCAAGACUACACCACAAAGUUUGAAAAAAGACGCCCUGGCCCAGGCUCUUUUCCCCAAAGGGUCAGGCCAAAUCAAUUAUUUUCUGGGGAUCCUGGUUCCAUUCGGGGAAGAGGAAGGGACCCUGUUCCAUGGGGUCAGCAUGAUCCUAGAUUCAAUCAACUCGAUCUUGCCUCUGGGCUCUUUGCAGGGAGGGGUUUGCCUAAUGUUUCAAAUCCGCGAAGUGGAUCUUGGAACGGGUUUGGAUUGAUUCCAGGAAUUCCUAAUGGUGGCUUGGACACACUUCAUACUAUGGGAUUGCAAGGAACAUUGGCUCCAGCAGUAAACUCUUCAUUGAAUAUGCGUAUUACGAGACAGCGUUGUAGAGAUUUUGAGGAGCGUGGCUUUUGUCUCAGAGGGGACAUGUGUCCAAUGGAGCAUGGUGUUAACCGUAUUGUUGUUGAAGAUGUCCAGAGCCUUUCUCAGUUUAACCUCCCCGUUUCACUCCCAAGUGCACAACUGGUGGGAACUCCUUCUGUUCCGGGGGGCUUACAAGGGAUUGGUAACCCUUCAACCAUGUCGGCUAACAGCAAAGCUUUAAAUGGAAAUAGUACCAAUUCUGGCUUGUAUGAUGACAAUCCUGGGCUGAAUGGUGGAUAUUCUGGCUCGGUUGCUGCAAGCGGAGCUGACUUUUAUGAUCCAGAUCAACCCUUGUGGAAUAACAGUGGUCCUGAAACAUCAAACUCACUCUUACAUCUACAUUCACCCAAAAAUAACGGAACUGAUUCUCUGAUGAGUGUUGAUCCCUCUGACCAGGAUCAUGCCGGUCCAGUCACAGGCUCUUCUGUUUGGGGCAGAAUCAGUGGUGUUAGAAACCGACGAGAAGGGAAAGAGAAAAUGGAUUCAACUACAAGCAAUGUCUGUCAUUUGGAGAAUGGAGCUAACAAGGAAGAACAGGAUGCUUCAGCCAAUCCUCGAGGUGCUUUUCGACAUGGGAAGCCACAUGUUGUUACAUCCGAGGAUAUUGGUGGGCCAUCCUCUGACAACAAGCGCCUAAGUGGUCAGCCUAUGCGUGUUAUGCGAAAGCCAUCUCAGAAGGCUUUGCGUACAUUAUUUGUCGCUGGUAUUCCACUCAAGAGCAACAGAAGGGAGACUCUCCUUUCUCAUUUCCACAAGUUUGGCGAGAUAAUCGAUAUUUACAUACCUUCAAAAAGCGACCGGGCAUUUAUUCAGUUUUCAAAGAAGGAAGAGGCGGAAGCUGCUCUAAUGGCUCCUGAUGCUGUGAUGGGGAAUCGGUUUAUCAAGUUGUGGUGGGCAAAUCGUGAUAGCAUACCUGAUGGUGGUGUGAGUAGUAGCAACAAUGGUGUGUCUUUACCUCCACGUGGUACGGGAUCAAUCCCAGUCCUACCUCAUCCUCCUCCUGUUGGUAACCGGGGAAAAGAUAUUGUUCAGUCAAGUGGAGCGAAGGUUGCCAGUGAUUCUCCCUCUGAUGCUUACACUGAGUACCAAAAGCUCCCCAAUGCCAAUAGUCCUAAAGGUCCACCUCCUGUUCAGAAAAAGCUAGAACAAUUGAAGGAAGAGCUUCGGAAAAAGCAGGAAAUGCUGGACCAGAAGCGGAAUGACUUCCGGCGCCAAUUGGAAAAGCUUCAGAAACAAACAACAGUAACCAAGAGUGAGGUAUCGACUGAGACUCCAAAGAAACCUAAAGUAGCAGCUGAUGCUGCAAAAGCUACUACCGAAGCAAUGCUGUCUGAUCCCUCUCCGUCACCUCGUCAGGAGGUGAAGAUGGCCAAUAAGAACAAAUCAACAGAAACAGCAUCAUCCACUUCUAAGAUGAGUGCUGGAGGGACAGUGCCAGAGGAAUCGUCAGACCCAAAGUGGCUGCCGCCAUUGCGGACUGUAGUACCUAUUGUUGGCUCUCCUUGUCUGGCGAAUAGAUACAAGUUGGACAAUCGCCCCACAACGUUUCAGAUCAUUCCCCCCUUGCCUUCUGGUUUGGCAAAUGUUGAUGUUUUGAAGGAGCACUUCUCCACUUUUGCCAAUCUCACUUCAGUGGAACUGGAAAGUGCUGAACCAUGUCAAAGUGAUGACGGUGAUGAUGGUGAUGAUACAUCCAAGACAACAGCCACUAAACUUUGCUCCUGCGCUCAUGUAACUUUCGCAACUCGUCGCUCAGCCGAGACAGCAUUCGUAAAUGGUAAAACCUGGCAAGGCCAUGAUUUACGAUUUACCUGGAUGCCAUCAAGUUCCCCUUCCACCAACAACCCUCGGAGCAAAGCAACCACACCGUUACCUCUUACUGACGACAAGUCAAAAAAACCAGAUUCUCAAGAAGCUCAGCACUCAGAAACAAAUGGCGGUGUAGAAAAGAGUGAGUUAAGUGAACCUCCCCAGCCACAUCCAACUGAAGAUGAAUCAGUCCAGAUCAAGCCUGUCCUCGCAAAGAUUUCCACCGAGAAAGAGGCUAGUUCGGAGAAGGAAGAACCGGGUAAAGGCGAAGAUGGUUGCUGAUGAUGAUGACUGUCGGGAAUUGUACAGCAAGGUAAGGUGUUAAAAGAAUAUUCCUAUUCUGAAACUAAUUUACAGGAGCCUUUUUUUCGGUUAGCAAUUUUCUGAAACUAGCCCCCGAUCUUGUUUUCUUUUUGGUUCUUUUUUUCUUUCUUGUAUCUCGGUUGUGUAGAAAGGGGGGUUUUGUGUUUUUUCACAGCCACCGUAAUGGGGUUACGGGGAUAUGAUACUGAGAUAGUUAAGUGGCAGACUUGAACAUGUUUCGUCUUUUGACGUAUGAGCAUAGAUUACUGGUCUCUGAACUGAUUUGAAAAAAGUUGAAAAAAGGACUGGAAGAAGAAAAGAAAAGGUUGCAUAUGAGACCAGUUUUACGGUCAGUAUAAAAAGAAUGGAAUCUGGGAUGUAGUUUUUUAGUCCCAUUUUUGUUCUUUUAGAGUUAGAAGUUCUGUAUUCGUAGAGGAAGGAAUGUUUAUGUUGGUAGUUGUAAUUUUACGGCGGGUAAAUACAGAAUACCCAAAUUAUGUGGGUUUUUUGCUGUUUGUGUGAAGGAGAUAGUCUUAGGAUGAUCACUUUACUAUGCAUGUGAGUUACCCUUUAUCCUUAAACAUGUAAAUGGUCCUUACUGGCGUAGAUCAAGAAUUGAAUGUCAUUCCUGUGGGAUGGAGACAGGUCAAGAUCUUUUUCUUGUUUUCUUCAUGGCUGCGGUGUGUAUCGUAGUCAUUCGAUUCUAGUGAGGAAGUCUUGAGAAUGUACAAGGACAACUUGAUAACUGAAUUCCAGGUUGUGUUGAUUCAUGAUUCGUUAUAAAGUGAUGAGUCUGAUGCGAUAGAUUAAACUACACAAUGAUUGU